UUGAGACUAUAAAACAGGGGCAGUCUAGUCUUUUCUGUAAAAUAGAAAAACGUAUUAUGGAAGAAUCUACCAGGUUAAAAGAUGGUAAUAAAGCGGGUGACAGUAAAGCGGAUGACAGAUUUUUAAAGUCGUUAGACAAGUCAAUUACAAGAGAAUUAUCUAGUUCAUCUAGGACCUCUUCAUUUUCUGAGUCUAUUGAGACGGGUGGGUCCCUCUUGGAUCGUGUACAGGAAAAACAAAAAAAGAAAAAGAAGUCAUCAAAACCCAAACCCAUUCAAAGUUCUGACUUACCUGAGAUUUCAACCGAAGGCUCCUGCCAAAAUUCCUCACUAGACAUCUUGUAUGAUCUAAUUGCUUCAAUUGGAAAAAAUCAUAUCGAAGCAGAAGAAGCCAUAUGCGAAUCAGAAAAAUGCCUAGCUUAUAACUCAUCUUUCAGCCCAUUAUAUUUAGCAAAAGUACUCUACUAA